AUGGCUGAAAUUAAGCUUCAAAGAACCGCCUAUAAGUUCCGUAGCAGUUCAGCCCUGUAUAUAAAAUUGUCCCCCUUGUUGCUGGUGGGACUUUUGGCCUCAAUAGUCCGGCCAGAAUUCUUCAUUAAGCUGAAGUUCUCAUGGCUGCAGUCAAUAACGCUGACGGAAGUGGAACCGGGCAAGCACGAGCUUUCAUCACUCCGAGACAUUCACUUCCGGCAGUUCCUGAAAAACCUGAGGCCGUCUUCGACGGAAAUGCUGGUGAUAUUCCUGUCUCUGUUCACCCUGCUCUACACAGUGCUGCUGCUGUCAUGUGUUUGGCUCACAGCAUUUAAGCUGAGGUUCUUCUACCACCGCUGCUACUUCAAGGAAGGAACGGCGAAGUUCGGAGAGUUCAUCACGAAUUACGCAACGCACGUGUUCGUUAACGAGCUUUUGAACGACUCAAACAGCCUGGAAAACGUGAGCAGAAGGAACAGCCUGCUGCUGCCGCUGUACAGAACAGGUUUCAUCUACUACCUGCACGACUACAAAAAGUUCGUCUACAACGCAUCGAAUAACAGAUUUGAGCCAGUAGAACACAUCGACGACAUCGAUGUGGCGAAGGUGAGGAACUGGCAGGGCCUCGUGAGCGUGUCAGAGGGAGUGGAAAGUAAGGCGGGACUGGAGUCAAACCUGAACGUGUGCGCAGACCUGUACGGGCCGAACGACUACGAGAUCCCGAGGUGUAACUUCUGGAAGAUGCUCAUGGAGGCCUUCCUGGCGCCGUUCUUCGUGUUCCAAGUAACCUCGACGCUGCUGUGGAUAUUCGACGACUACCUGUACUACUCGCUGAUAUCGAUACUAUCGAUGGUCAUCAUAGAAGUGCAGAUGGUCUACAAGAGGAUCUUAGAGUAUAAUCGCAUCAAUUCAAUGAGUCUGCCACCAUACUACAUACACGUGUACCGAGACCACAAGUGGCAGCAGAUACUGACGAGUCAGCUGUACCCAGGAGACAUAAUACUGCUCUCGACAAACGCAGUGGCGAAUCAGAGUGGCAGUAGUGUCAUGAACAGGCAGGGAGUGUCGCCUGGGAGUCUGAAGAGUAAAAGUGUCAUGGGCGGCGAGAGGGCGGCAAAGCCGAAAGUAGGCCUUGACCCGGAAAAUAGAAGAGAAAACAUGCUCAUAUGCCCGUGCGACUGCCUGAUACUGGAGGGAGAAGUGAUCGUGGACGAGUCGAUACUGACGGGCGAGUCGAUACCGCAGUUUAAAACGAGCGCAGAGGAGCACUCGAAAAACCAAAGGAACUCGACAAUAUUCUCAGGAACGCACAUCAUGGUGACGAGGAACCCGAACGCGUCGACGUCGACGUUAAAGACAGUGGCGUCGAGCAGGGCGAUGGAAAAAAUGUCAUCAGAAGGGUGCGUGUGUCUGGUGAUAAGAACGGGCUUUGAGAGUUACCAGGGAAGGCUGGUGCACUCGAUACUUAACAGCGACCCGAACAAGGUGACGAACAACAAUAAGCAGGGAUACAUGUUUUUGCUGCUCCUGCUGGUGUUCGCAGUGGCCUCAGUGGCAACAGUGGUGAAGAAGAGCAACUACAAGAGCAUCAAGAAGCUGCUGCUGGUGAGCUCGAGGAUCCUGGUCUCAGUGAUACCGCCGGAGUUCCCAAUCACGCUCUCGAUGGCAGUGACGAUAGGGCUGAUACAGCUGAGAAGAAAAGGAAUCUACUGCACGGAGCCGAACAGGCUGCCGCUGGCAGCGACGAUAGACGUGGUGGCGUUCGACAAGACGGGGACGCUGACGCAGGACCAAAUGUACCUGAACGGACUGUACUACACGAACAGCUUCCACAACUACCUGCACGCACAGAAAGGCGGCAGUAAACCGGGUGCGCCAGGAGAGGAGGAGGAGGCGCAGUCGACGACGCCGGGAAAACACACGGAAAAGCCGGAGAUGGACCUGCUGUACUGGUACAGCAGGCUGGUGGUGGCAGGAUGCCACUCCCUGACGUACGUCAACGAGUUCGUGACGGGAGACCCGAUGGAAAAAAUACCAUUUAAGUACUUCGAGAAUCAAAUCGACGUCAAAAACAAUAACCUGGUGUACCUGAAGUUUGACCUGGAGAAGGAGGAGGAGAAUUUGUACGGAGGGGCUGCGUCUGUGGAGGGGCAGAACGGAGUGGGAGUGGUACAGCAGGUAAAUGAGUCGACCCCUUCGGAGUCGCAGAAAAACAGAGUGUCGCUGAAGAUACUGAAGAGGUGGAGGUUCACCUCGGAGCUGGGAAGAAUGUCAGUGCUAUCGCAGGUAGUGACGAGCGGAAGGAGAGGAGAAGGCGGACCCCGGGACUUCAUGAAGGACGAAACGGUGCUGCUGGUGAAGGGCUCGCCUGAGAAGAUUAAGACGCUGCUGAGAGUGGUGCCAGUGUACUUCGACAGCGUGUGCCACGAGCUGACGCUCAAGGGACUGCGAGUGCUCUGCCUGGCAUACAAGAAGCUCUACGACAUACCGGCCACUGCGCUGGUGACGAUCGACAGAAGCAUCGUGGAAAAGGACCUGGAGUUCUGCGGGUUCCUGGCGCUGGAGGCGCCAAUCAAAAACUCGAGCAGAGUGUGCAUGAGAAGGCUUAAGGGGCAUAAGCAGAUCAUGAUCACAGGCGAUAACAUAUUGACGGCGUGCCACGUGACGCAGGAAAUUAACCUGAACAGCUGGGAGCACAAGGACCAGAACGGAAUGUAUAAGCUUAAAGUGCAAACGCCGACCGUAAAAAGGAGUUGGCUGAGAAGGCUCUUCGGAGGAAACGGAGGGAGCUCAGUGACGAUGAAGGACUACCUGAAAAACUAUAACUACGGAAUGGUGGACGAGUGCCCGCUGAGCAGCAUGUCGGCGGAAACAUUCAAAAAGUGCCCAGUAUACUCGGAGAAGGAACAGAACUGCCCCUUCCUGUCAAAUCAGAAGAAGGAGGUGAAGAUGCACAUACAGAGGUGCCCGCUGACGCAGUCGCUGGUCAACAGUUACACGAACAGCCCAGCAGGAGUGGGAAGCGGCAGCGUUAAGGGCAUCAGCUCGCUGAAGGGGAUGACCCCUGAAAACUGGAGCACCUUCAGAGAGCUCUACAACCGGAACAGCUACAAGAGGUUCGUAGAAACGUGCCCUGCGAACCUGAACGUGGACAAGAGGAAGGGCAAGUGCCCACUCUCGCAGUCAAACCCGGACUUCAGCUCACUGAUGGGCAGAGGAGCAAGUCCGAGGCCAGGAAGGGCGGGCAGGCGAGGGUGCCCGAUCCAGUACACGAAGAGGCUGCUCACAGGAGCGUACCUGACGCUGCUGAAAAUCAUGUUCCCCACGCACUACUACACCUUCUACGCGACGCCCGCGGAGCCUAAGGAGGAGUACUUCGGCUCGGACAACUUCGGCAUCCUGAGCUACUACAAGGGCAGCUUCACGUGGAAGCGGAGGAACGGAGAGGACUUCUUCCCGGACGCGACCAACGACCAGAUCGUCCAGAACAUGUACAGGCUGCUGCCGAACCACAAGCUCUGCAUCACGGGGACGACGCUGGAGCACCUGAUGCUGAACACGAGUGACCCGAACGCGCAGGCGCAGGGCCAGCAGAGGGGGCACGCGAGUCCGAGCGCCAGCACGCCGACGGCGUCGCCCUCAGCGAGGGUGCUGACGGGCUGGACGAUGCAGCACACGCUGCUGGUCAUAAGCAACUGCACAGUCUUCGCGCGCAUGUCGCCGCAGCAAAAGGAGUUCAUCAUCAAGUGCUUCAAGCUCGACAACAAGGUCGUGGCGAUGUGCGGCGACGGCACCAACGACAUCGCGGCGCUGAAGCAGGCGCACAUCGGCAUUUCGCUGCUAAACGCGAUAAAGAAGCCCUCGGAGCCGCGCGCGCCCGGCGGGCAGGCUGGCAGGGUUGACCCGCGGGAGAGGCUGCGCCAGAGCCUGGCCGACGAGCUCCCGUCGAUAAAGCUGGGCGAGGCGAGCAUCGCGAGUCCGUUCACGUACCACGGCAGCGACGUCAACUGCGUGUUCAACCUGGUGAAGUCGGGCCGCUGCGCGCUCUCGAACGUGUUCGUGCUCUACAAGCUGAUGGGCAUCAACUCACUGAUAACUGCGCUGGCGAACAACUACAAACUAGUUAGCUAUCUAGCAACAACCAACAACUACAAACUACAGACAUCGCUAAUAACUAAUUCAGGCAUGUCAAUAUUGGCCCUGGACGGAGUUAACUUCAGCGACGCACAGACGACGCUCUACAGCCUCAUGUACACGUACCUGGUGCUCGCGCUGAGCAAGAGCAAGCCCAGCGACAUGCCGAGCGAGAAGAAGCCGGCGAGGUCGAUCUUCAGCCCCAGCAACUUCCUGAGUCUGGUGGCGCAGAUUCUGAUCCACGCCUUCUUCCUGCUCUACGCCUGGAACCUGGGCAAGAAGUACCGGAGCAGCGACUACGUGGGCUACCUCGACGCGCCCUUCGAGCCGAACAUAGUCAACACGCUCAUCUACUACGUCUGGUUCGGCAUUAACCUGAGCAGCUUCGUCAGCAACUACAUCGACUACCCGUACAUGGAGCCGCUCAGCAGCAACAAGUACCUCUACAAGCCGAUCCUGUUUUCGUUCUCGCUGCUGCUGAUGUUCCUGUCCGACGUCGUGAGGCCCUUGAACUCCUUCUUCUCCCUGGUGCCCAUCACAAACUACCUUUUGAAGCUGCAGGUGGUGGCCAUAGUGGCCCUAGACCUCGUGCUGACCUACGCGGCGUCGCGAGUGAUCAACUACGUGCUCACAGAGUCGAGUGUAUCACAGGCUUUUCAUGAUUUAGAGGGCACGAGCGAAAGGGCAUUUUAA